AUGGAAACUCGAAAAACUCUCUCACCUUCCUUGUUGAUUUUCUUCCUUAUUACCAUUUCCCUGUGUCAAUCAAAGGCACUAUCAAGUGAGGAACACAGUACUGUGAAGGCUCAUAGAGGACCUGUGGUGCAGAGGGAUCAAAGGAAGAUAUUGUUUAACAGUGAAGAUGGAAAAAUCUCUGCCACUAAUGUCAAAGAUGGACAAAACACACCACCUUAUCAUCUUCAGUUCUUUACAUUGGAACCUAACUCUGUGUUUCUUCCUGUGCUUCUACAUGCCGCUAUGGUCUUUUAUGUUCAUACAGGGAGUGGAAAGCUGACAUGGGCAAAUGAAGAUGGUACUGGUACAAUGGAUAUACAUGAAGGAGAUGUAUGUAGCCUUAGAGAAGGAUCUGUUUUCUAUAUACACAGCAACUUGGAAUCACACAGGAAGAAACUGAGGAUAUAUGCAAUGUUUACUAAUACUGAUGAAAGCACUUUUGAUCCAUCAAUUGGUGCUUACUCGAGGGUCAAUGAACUAGUCAAAGGCUUUGAUAAGAAUAUCAUUCAAGCAGCUUUUAAGGUGCCGGAAGAUUUGGCUGAGGCAAUCACAGACAACAGAGAGGCACCAGCAAUAGUGCAUGCAGUUCCAGUGAAGAAGCAUAACAAUGUCUUGGAAUUGGAGAAUUCAUUUCUAAAAUACUUAAGAGGCAUUCAAUCCAACUCCAAGAAGCUCAAAGUAUACAACAUCUUUGAUAAUGAUCCUGACUUCAGAGAUGACUAUGGUUGGACCUCAACAGUGACCAAAAAGCAAGUCAAAGAAUUACAGCAUCACAACAUUGGAUUUUUCAUGGUGAAUUUGAACCCGGGAUCAAUAUUGGCGCCACAUUGGAAUCCAUUGGCAGCAGAAAUAGCAGUGGUGUUGCAGGGGGAAGGUAUGGUAAGAAUAGUAUGUGGAAGCAACAAUGAUCAUGAAUGUGAAAACAAGAGGUUUAGAGUUAAGCAAGGAGAUGUUUUUGUGGUGCCUAGAUUUCAUGUAAUGGCUCAAAUGUCAUUUGCUAGAGGGCCACUUGUUUUUAUGGGAUUCAGCACUGCUGCAAAGAAAAAUCAUCCUCAGUUUUUGGCUGGUAAAGGAUCAGUGCUUCAAACUCUAGACAAACAGAUAGUUGCUACAUCUUUAGGUGUAAACAAAGCAGCCAUUGACAAGCUUUUGGAUGAUCCAGUUGAUUCGAUCAUUUUCGGGUGUAGUUCUUGCGCAGAGGAAGAGGAGAGAUUAAUGGAGGUAGAAGAGGAGGAGGAAAGGGAGGAGGAGGAGAAGAGGAGGAAAGAGGAAGAAGAGGAAGAAGAAAAAGAGAGGGAAAGAAGAGAAAAAGAGGAAGAAGAGAAGAGAGAGGAGGAAGAAAAAGAGAGGGAAAGAAGAGAAAAAGAGGAAGAAGAGAAGAGAGAGGAGGAAGAAAAAGCGAGGGAAAGAAGAAGAAAAAGAGAAGAGGAGGAGGAAGAAAGGAAAAGUGAGGAAGAAGCAGCUAGAAGACAACAAGCAGAGAGGGAAAGGAGAAGACAAGAGAAGGAAGCAAAGAGAGAGGAAGAGGCAAGGAGGAGAGAAGAGGCGGCAAGAAGAGAGGAAAAGGUAAGGAGGGAGCAAGAAGAAGUUAGAAGAGAGAAAGAAGAAGCUAGAAAACAAGAGCAGAAAGAGAGGGAAAGAGAAGAGGAAGCUGUGAGAGAAAAGGAAGAGGCAGAGAGGGAGCAAGAAGCAGCUAGAAAGCAAAAGAAAGAGGAGAAGAAGAGGGAAGAGGAAGCUGUGAGAGAAAAGGAAGAGGCAGAGAGGGAGCAAGAAGCCGCUAGAAAACAAAAGGAGGGGGAGAAGAAGAGGGAAGAGGAAGCUGAGAGAGAAAAGGAAGAGGCAGAAAGGGAGCAAGAAGCGGCUAGAAAACAAAAGGAGGAGGAGAGGGAAAGAGAAAAGGAAGCAGAAGCAGAAGCUGGAGAAAAAGCUAGAGAACAGAAAGAAAAGAGAGAAGCAGCUAAAAGAGAACAAGAGAAGAGGGAAAAGAAAGAGGAGGAAGAAAUGGAACUGGAAAGGGAAAAGGAAAGGAAGAGAGAAGAGGCAGAGAGAGAGGAAGAAGCAGCUAGAAAAGAACAAGAGAAGAGGGAAAGGAAAAGAGAAGAGAAGGAAGCUAGGAGAGAGGAAGUGAGGAGAAAAAAAGAGACAACGGAAUGGGAAUGGGAAGAAGAAGAAGCAGCCAGAAGGCAACAAGAAGAAAGGGAGAAGAAAAGAGAGCAAGACAGUGGGAGUAGCUUUGAAGGAAGAAGAAUUCUGAAGAUUAGUAAGAUUGUGUGA